ACACGGUGUAUCUCGGAGGAGCGUUUUCUUCGUCGUUUUCCUCCACUCUUGUCCACUUUGCCUUCACCACAUUCUCCUUAAAGCUGUGCGUGGCAGCAGCGGCAGCAACAAGCCCACACCCGGAGCGAUGGGAGAGGCCGAGACGCGCCAAAAAUUACUGCGCAAUGUGAAGAAAGAGGUGAAACAAAUUAUGGAGGAGGCUGUAACGAGGAAAUUUGUGCACGCUGACAGCAGCCACAUCAUCUCCUUCUGUGCGGUUGUGGAGGCCUGCGUGCUUCAUGGACUAAAGCGGCGUAUUGCAGGCCUGCUGUGCAGUAACAAGGUUGCGGCGCUCUUUAUGAAGGCGGCAAAGAGCUUUUCCCCCGCUGAGGAGCUGUGCCACAAAGUCCAGGAGCUGGAGCAGCUUAUUGAAAACAGCAAGCAGAACAGCUCCUCUCUAAGUAAUGACCGAGGUCGUCAAUCCAAGCUAGCAAACCUCCCUCCUCAGGCCCUCAAACACCUGUGGAUCAGAACUGCCCUGAUGGAGAAGCUUCUGGACAAGAUUGUAUUGUACUUAGUGGAGAACAGCAGUGCCUUCUAUGAGAAAGAAGCCAUGCUGAUGGAUCCUGUGGAUGGGCCAAUUCUUGCUUCUCUUCUAGUUGGCCCUUGUGCUUUGGAGUACACCAAAGUGAAGACUGCAGACCAUUUCUGGACUGACCCAUCAGCUGACGAGCUUGUGCAGCGACAUCGCAUCCACAGUGGCCACUGUAGACAGGAUUCACCCUCCAGACGGCCCGCGCUGAUCCAGAAGAGACAGUCCAGUGGCAGCAUGGAUGAUCGCCCCCUCAUGUGGGUCAGGGAUUAUGUUGAAUCCCUUCACCAAAACUCCAGAGCCACGCUUCUGUUUGGAAAGAAUAACGUCCUGGUGCAACCAAGGGAUGACAUGGAGGCCAUCCCGGGAUACCUCUCUCUACACCAGACUGCAGACGUCAUGACCCUGAAAUGGACACCUAAUCAGCUGAUGAAUGGCAAUGUGGGGGAGCUGGAUUCUGAGAAAAGUGUUUAUUGGGAUUAUGCAAUGACAAUUCGCUUGGAGGAGAUUGUCUAUCUUCACUGUCAUCAGCAAGUGAACAGUGGAGGAACUGUAGUUUUGGUGAGCCAGGAUGGGAUCCAGAGACCUCCUCUACAUUUCCCUAAAGGAGGCCACCUCCUGCAGUUCCUCACCUGCCUGGAGACAGGACUCCUGCCUCAUGGACAGCUGGACCCACCCCUGUGGAACCAGAGAGGAAAGGGGAAGGUUUUCCCCAAACUGCGGAAAAGGAGUCCACACGGCUCGUGUGAUUCGGUGUCGGAUAAGGAGGAUGAUGAAGCGACAGAUUAUGUGUUUCGGAUCCUCUUCCCAGGCAAUCAGAUGGAGUUCAUGGCUCUGGAGCUGAUGGACCAGAGUGUGAACAUGUGGCAGCCAACACCCAGAAAGUCAUCAUGCUCCUCCUGCUCUCAGAACGGCUCCUCUGAUGGCUCUCUGCCAAAUGGAUGCAACCAAGAGAGGGCUCCCUUGAAGCUCCUCUGUGACACCAUGAAGUACCAGAUUAUCUCCCGUGCUUUCUAUGGAUGGCUGGCAUACUGCCGUCAUCUGUCCACAGUUCGUACUCACCUUUCAGCGUUAGUUAACACCACUAUAGUCGACCCUGAUGUGCCCUCUUUGGCCCGAGACGGCCUCUCUGUGGAGGUGUGGAGCAGGUUCCUCAAAGAUACCUCUGCCUAUGAAGAAAAGGAGAUCCACCGGCUCGUGUAUUUUGGCGGUGUGGCUCCUUCCCUACGCAAAGAGGUCUGGCCUUUCCUUUUGGGACAUUACCAGUUCACCAUGACUGAGAAAUGCAGACUUGAGAUCAAUGAGCGGAUGCAGAGAAUGUAUGAGCAGACGAUGAAGGAGUGGCAGGGCUGUGAGGCCAUCGUUCGUCAGAGGGAGAGGGAGAAACACGCCGAGGCUCUUGCCAGAUGUUCGUCUGGAGCCAGUGUGGAGAGAGGACCGGUGCAGCGGGACUCCACCAUCAGUACAGACUCAUCUCUAAGUAGCAGCUCAGAGCCACAGAAUCCAAAUUCACAAAGUGAUUCCAGCAGUAGCGCACAGGUCUUUGGAUCAGUGGAAGCAGUCGAUCAGAUUGAGACUGAGCCUAAAUCUGAGGAAGGAGAAGCUCAGCAAAGUAGUCCAGUGAAAGAAUGCCCAAGUGAAUAUGCAGAUGCCCCACAAACUCCCUCCUGCAAUCCCUCCUCUCCUGAUCAGCAUUUAGAGUCUGAAAACAAAUUGGAGUCAGCUGUUGAAUCUGCAACCGAGCUGCAGCCAGAAGAAGAAUCAGAGGACCUUAGUGAUAAAACUAAAGAUGCGAUAGAGCCAUCAGGAGAAAAUGUAAAAGAGCCACUAGAAAAGGACUUGGCCUCCGAGACAAAAGAGGAGACCAUUCCUGAAAGUGACCAAAGUAAGGAGUCACAAGAGACAACUGAGUCUGCAGAAAAAGAAGAUCAAACUGUGAAUGAGCAAUCAGACGAUUCAAAAGUGGAUGACACCAAUUCAAGUUUAAGAUGUGUCCCAGAGAACACUAACGUCCUAAAACUAGAAACAGAGAUUCAUAAUGAGUAUUUCCAAGCACCGCCACUUGGGCAGACUUUACUAGCACACAAGAGCAAAGAUCAGGAAGAGGAGCUGACUGCAAGAGAAAAAGAUGCAGAAGCAACAAGUAAAACAGAGGCAGAGAAUUCUGAAAACCCAGAAACAUCUGCUGAGACAUACCAAAUGUCAAAGGCUGAUACUUCAGAGUCAGAGAGAAAGGAUGCUGAGGCAGCAGUGAGUGACUUAACUGAAGUCAAGAAAGCUGCAGAAAUCUCAUUUGAGAAACCAGGUUCAAAUUCCCCUGUCAGACAAGUCCUGAACGCUCUCCAAUCAGCAUCCAGGGGGAGUCUUUCAUUGUCAUCCCGGCACUCUCCUGACACGGCAGAUUCAGAUGACUCUCCUUCUGCCCUGGAAAUGGAGGACAUUCCUGCUGGGAUAACAUGUGUGAACUCCGAGGAUAUUAAAGCCAGGCCUUUGGCAGGACUUGCAGCACCUCCUGUUUCCCUGGCUCAAAGAGAGAAAAUGGCCUCAGUGGAUUUUGUCCUGGAUCACCAACUGGACACGAGUCCUGAGGGCACCGACCUGGGCCUGUCUGAGGAGGAGCCAGAGAUGGAAAAUGUGCUCACUGAAGCAGAGUCUACUGAGGCAGGAGGAGACGUCAAACAGGAUGAAUCCUCAGAAGAACAGACCUAUUCUCAAGAAACACUGGACAUGUACCUGAUCAAUUUGCAUCGCAUUGACAAAGACGUCAGACGCUGUGACCGAGCAUAUUGGUACUUCACUCCUGAGAACCUGGAGAAGCUGCGUAACAUCAUGUGCAGCUAUGUGUGGCAGCAUCUGGACACAGGAUACGUCCAGGGCAUGUGCGAUCUCCUCGCUCCUUUGCUGGUUAUUCUGGACGAUGAGGUCAUGGCUUUCAGCUGCUUCACUGAAUUGAUGAAGAGGAUGAACCAGAACUUUCCUCACGGAGGUGCCAUGGACUCUCACUUUGCCAAUAUGCGCUCUCUCAUCCAGAUCCUGGACUCUGAGCUGUUUGAACUGAUGCAACAGAAUGGAGACUACACUCACUUCUACUUCUGCUAUCGCUGGUUUCUUCUCGACUUCAAAAGAGAAAUGGUGUAUGAUGAUGUGUUCUCCGUUUGGGAAACAAUCUGGGCAGCCAAGCACACAUCCUCUGAGCAUUUUGUUCUCUUUAUCGCUCUGGCGCUCGUGGAGAUGUAUCGAGACAUCAUCCUGGAAAACAACAUGGACUUCACAGACAUCAUCAAGUUCUUCAAUGAAAUGGCAGAGCGACACAACGUCCCGCAGGUCCUGCUGAUGGCUCGAGAGUUGGUCCACAAAGUGCAGACGCUCAUAGAAAACAAGUGAUGAGGGACACUACUCCUCCUCUGCUGCUGCUCCCACUCCUCUGUGCUAAAUUGUUUAAAACACACAAACACGUAGUGCAACAAUCAGAGGAAACUGAAAUGCAGAGAGUGGUGAGUUCUGAAAAGACAACGGUCAUAAAAGCUGCUUAAUAUUCUUAGAUAGUUGUUUAACAACCUUUUUCCAGUUGCGCCUGUCUGUGUGUGGCAGAUGCAACUUUUACCAGUCAGUUUAAAAGUGUUGUUGUUCACCCAGUGAAUGUACCCUCGUUGAAACUGCUUAGGGAUGUGGUUUUAUUUUGCCUUAAAUUUUGCUAUUUUUCAGGGAUACAGCAACCAAAUUAACCUGUGUUAUUAGAUAUGCAUCAUGGUUGAUUUUGUUCAGUUUUACCUUCUCUACAUCUUGUGAAACACUUGAAUAUAUUUUCAGUAUUACUGGUAUUUUGCUGAAAUUGUAGCUAUAAUGAUAAAACAUCUAGUGAUGCACUUUGAAACAUAUUUUCAGUUAUGCUAUCUGACACAUUUGGUCCUGAAAUGUUAGCGGUACAUCAGAUAUUUAAACCAACCCUCCUUAGUAAAAGUAGCAUGUAUGGUUCGCUUCUAAAUAGCCAUUUUGGGGAAAACCUUCUGGCUACUUUAGGCCUGCUGGUCCACCUCUCUGCCUCUGAUGAACACGAGCUUGGAAGAUAUUUAGACUCAUCCUGUGAUCACUGGGCACAAACAAGCAUUUGAUUGCACUUAGCUUGGGUUGCCUUGUCCUCUGGUACUCAUACUGUGUGCUCCUUUUAUCUGACCACCACUAUGCAUCCUAAAACUGGAUAAUUUCAUCCCUUGACACAUGUUCUGGGUGUAUUUUCACCACUUCCCUAUUUUAUUUGAACCUGAGAUCAGCCUGAGGCCUGAGGCCAGUCUUGGUUGCCUUGUUUUUAACACCCUCUAGUGACGCUUUUCUGUGCCACAACCAUGAAAAAAGGAGUGGUAUUCCUUGUGUACCUUUGCGUUUUUCUUCAUUAUUACCUCAAGAUCCCUGUGUCCAUACAAAAAUGUUUUGUUUGAUAAUAACGUAGACCUUCAAGUGAGGCUUAAGCACCAUGGAGUCACUUCAGUUUAUAAACCCUUCAGAUCAUUUAAAUCAAAGUUUCAGAGUAUACUUAAUACAGGAUGGUGUAAGGAAUGGUUCUGUGGUUGCCUGACAGUUGUGUGCAGUCAUGUAGAUGUUAAAAGCUGUGAGACAACACUGAGUCCUCUGCUGCUAACCAAAAGCAAUGAGAUGAAUCAUACGAGCUUAAAAAACUACUUUAUCAGAAAUUCGGUGUAAAAAUCCCAGUGUUGAAGAAGUACUCAGACCCUCUUCACUUCUUUCAAUUUUCUUAUGUUGCAGCCUGACGCUACAGAGAAAAAAAAAACAUUUUUUUCCUCAA